UUCCAUUGCGGCUAAGGUAUGCUUAUCUCUGCUUAGCCAUGCCAGCCAUUGCCAUCUCCUGCGCCCGUUCCGCUCUCCGCUCCACAUCUGUCCGCACUGCAGCGGCCAGACUUGCAACAGAAGCCAAAGCCGCUCGAUCUCCUUUUCUCAUCUCCAAGCAGAAGCCUCUCUCUCAUCGCAUCUUCAGGUCUCCCGUUGAGAUGAGCUGCUGUGUUGAAUCGUUGUUGCCGUAUCACACGGUGACCGCCUCCUCAUUGCUGAUUUCGAUGCUUUCGGUCCCUCGGCAGACCUAUGGUUGGAUUUCUCAAGCUUGCAAUGAUGAUGUAUGAUGAGUGUCCAGAGGGCUCGGGCAAAGUUUAUUUACAAUCCUGCAUUGCUAGACAGUGAUGCCUUAUAAAUUAGAAGUACUGAAUGAGCUGCAAAGUGCAAACAGCUAAUUGAUCAUUUUUGUGAGCUUUCAACUUUUUUGAACUAGUGAUUGUUCUAAUGUUCUUUAACUAGUCAAAGUUUGAUGCCUUUGUAUCCCAUCCUUUUGGAUUGGCUGAAAAAGCCUGGAAAUAAUAAUUGCAAAAUAUCUAAAAUGAAAUCCAUAAGUUACUUGUGUUUAGAA